UCUUAAAACUUUCAGUUUCGUGGUGCUUAGAAAGUGCAAGCUACGUACCUGUAAUCAUGAGUGUGUGCCUCGUUGUAUACGUAAAAAUUGCAUGCCCGCCAUAUUGGUUGUUGGAUAUCAAGCCGCCAGUGGCAACAUCGAGAUUUCCCUCCAGUCAACGGUAGCCGUGAUAUAGCCUGAGUUUCUGCCACGGCUUAAAACUUCAUUCGAUGAAUGAAUUUUCCUGGUCUAUCAAAAACAACGAGACGAUAUCAUGUUAGAAGGGGGAACAGUAAAACACAGUGUCCUGGUGGAAUCACUGCAGUGUGGUACCAUUGAUCAUAACAAUCUGAUCUGAGAGCAGGUACUAACAGAGCUACAAGACAAGCAUGUGAAAUGGAGACCAGCACUGAUGAUAAAUACAUAUAGUACUUCUGAUGUCAGCUUCAGUAGCAGCCAGGCAGUACUUCAUUGAAUAAAGAAAUAAUGCAAUGAACUCGGGAGGAUAUGUGCAUUAUGCUUGAAGCAUGAAGAGAGCAGCAUCACCUGUGUUAGGUGUGGAAGGCGACAUGGUGGUGGAGGAGGUUGUGUUGCCUGAUGAGAAAAGGCUCAAGACCGAAGCAGAGGAAGUCUGUGUCGAAGGGAUUGUCUAUGAAGAAGAACUGGAAGGAGAUGGUGAAGGCUUACAGCAGCCUGCUCCACAGUACCAGAAUCUCAUCAUUCAGCACAUGGACAUUGCCGAGCCCCUCUCAACACUCAAGCGCCUUCUGGAGGUGCGGCUACAGUGCUCACUGGCAGAUCAUCAGUUUUACUUGCAAGAUAGCUACCCACUUGAUGGCAGCAAGAGCUUAGUGGAGCAGUGUGUUCAGGGGGAGGGAAUGGUUCAAGUCAAUCUGGAGGUCAAGUCACAGCCUGGAGUAAAACCUAAGAUCAAUAUUCUGGAUAUCUUGAAGACAACAGAUGACCUGGAUGUCCAGCCUGCACAGGAACAAGUGGUCGAGCAGUUACAUGCAACACCUGUCGCACCAGCCACAGCCAAAGUAGUCAUCCCUCUGCCAGAAGAAACAGAGAAUGUUACAAGAUGGAUUGUUGACCAGAAUUUUCGUCGAGAACAAGAAAGACUGAAAAUCCCUCUUGACCCCACAGAGUGGACACCUGUGCAUGUAAGGCAUUGGAUUCAGUGGGCAGUAAAGGAAUUCGGACUGCAGGGUGUCACCAUCUCCCGCUUUAACAUGGAUGGUUCUCAGCUAUGUGCCAUGACUCACCCACAGUUUGUGACACACAUUCCUCAUGACCCAGGAGAUAUUUUCUGGACCCAUCUUGAGUUGCUGAGGAAGUGCAAGUUUGUAGCUGUCAUGCAGCAACCAGCUCCACAGGCUGUUACCACUAUAACUGUGUCAACAACAGAUUCUGAUGGGCGCGUAAGGACUGUGGGCAAACAACGGCCCCGGUCUCCACGCAUUACCGGAGAUGAGCGCUUGUCUCCUGGUAACAGGACAGGCAACAAUGGACAAAUUCAGUUGUGGCAGUUCCUGCUGGAGCUGUUGACGGACAAGGAAUGCAGGGAGAUAAUCCAGUGGUUAGGAGAGGAAGGGGAAUUUAAGCUUAACAACCCAGAAAUGGUUGCACAAAUGUGGGGACAGCGCAAAAACAAGCCAACAAUGAACUAUGAGAAGCUGUCACGGGCUUUGCGUUAUUACUAUGAUGGGGAUAUGAUUGCAAAGGUACAUGGGAAACGCUUUGUCUACAAGUUUGUGUGUGACCUCAAGAUGUUGCUGGGAUACUCUGCUGGAGAGCUGAACCGACAGGUCACAGAGUGUGCCGAUAAAAAACUCAUGCGUGUGCGGGACCACUUACGCCCUCUGGUUACUAAACAACGCAUUGAGCAACGCACGCAGAUUGUACAAACAAUGGACUGAGAGUGUCUUGGUGUAUGACAGCUACCAGAAAACUGUUUUCAUUAAGUUGCAUAGGUAAGGCAGUGGCACCUACUGUACAGACAGUUGACUGGGUUACUGUUUGGUGUAUCAACUACCAGGAAACCGUCAACAUCACGCCUUGUGGACAAGGCAGUGACAUUGCAGGGUCACGAGUUGCUCACAAAAUUACACAGCUUCAGUGUGAACUGGCAGGAUGUCUGUGUGACACAUACUAGGCCCAACUUAUUGCCUUUUGUUUGCUGUAUAUCCUGGAGUCACGUACCUGUUGUAUCUUGUGACACGACUGCUACAUACAGUUACACUAACAUGAUGUGCUAUAGUUUGUGCUAUAACCAUCUUGGCAACACAUGGUGUGUAGCAAAGAACAUCACUCCUUGCUCACUUGUGACAUUCAGCCCAUUGAGAACUGUUUUGGCACUUCACCACAAAGGUACCUCAGAUUUUGCUAUGUGGAUACCAACAUCAUACAACACAACCUCAUUCCAUUUAUAACUGUUGAUAGAUGACUUUUAUCAUGUGACACGAUAAACUGUGUCUUGGUGUGUAAUUAAAGUAGUUUACUUGCAGUGAUGCCUGUGCAGGAUCUCAGAAAAUAGCGCAGGAUUUUCAGUUAUUUUGUUAAAUGCUGUAGAACUGUGAGAGUUGGUCUUCUGUCCCCACCUCUAGGUUACCAGACAUGGGCAGCUUUUGUGAUAUGUUUUUCUGGAAUGGUAAAAUAAGGCAGUCCACCAGAACACAUGUAAGGAUUUCUUCUGAGUGGUUCCUCAAAGUACAGAGGACUGGACAAAUUGACAUUCAGUCAGACAAAAUGAUUUCUAACCAGAGGUGUUAAUGUCUCAUUAGAAAUGUAGGAUUAAGGGUAAGAUGCUCACGUGCAUAUGAGUAAUGCAUUGAUCAGGGGCUCAGAUGUAUAGGAAUAAGACAGUGAUCACAGGCUCCAAUGUGUAGGAGUAAGUCAGUGAUUAGAGGCUCAGAUGGAUAGGAAUAAGCGAUCAGAGGCUCAGAUAUACAGUGUACAGCAGUAGUCGUAGAGAGGCAUCUGGGCUGGUGAUGGUCUCCUUGUAACACAUUGCACACCACAGGCUCAGAAGUAAUGUAAAUGAGUGUAUAUAUUUUUUUAAAAGUUACUAAAAUUGGAUCCUUGACAUAGAGAGAGGUUUGAAGUUUCUUAAAUCAUGUCUGGUUUGUCACUUCACAUUGGCUCUUGCUACCUGUAAAUAAUAAUAAUAAAAUUGGCUGCUGUGUGCUGUUGUGUGGAGCAACUGAUGGCUUUGCAUUA